UGCACUUGAAAGAUGCACUUCCCUGAGGCUCCGGCGCUGUUCGCAAACAUAGUGCUUAUGGCGCUUUGUGGAACAUCGCUCAGUAAAGUAGAGGAAGUUCACAAUGUCUUAGAGUUGAUUGGUCAGCAAGCGAACAAGGCGAGGUUCUCCACUGAUGUAGCCACCGGCAAAUACACGCCGCCAGAGGAGAUGAACGCCCAGUUCUGGUACGAUCUCGCCGACGAGGAGAUCGCAAAAAGGCUGCAGCAACCACAACCCAACUCCAAUCAGGCCAAGAAUGUCAUUCUGUUCCUGGGAGAUGGUAUGCCAAUCAGCACGAUCACAGCUGCUAGGAUCCUCAAGGGACAACGCCAAAACAAGACCGGGGAGGAGUCCUCUCUGAGCUUCGAGAAGUUCCCCUAUUCGGGCCUGAGCAGAACCUAUUGCGCCAACGCCCAAGUACCGGACUCCGCCUGCACUGCCACAGCUUAUCUGUGCGGCGUGAAAACCAACAUCGUCAACAUUGGAGUAAGUGCCGCCGUGAAUUACAACAACUGCACAGCUAGCCAGGAUCCAGCGAACCGUCUAACCUCCAUCGCUGAGUGGGCCCAGAACGCCGGAAAAUCCACCGGUAUUGUGACCACCACCACUCUGACCCACGCCAGUCCCUCGGGAGCAUAUGCCAAGACAGCCAAUCGAAUGUGGCAGAGUGACACGGAUGUGACCAGCUAUGGUGUGGAUGCCAGCACCUGCAUCGACAUGGCGACCCAACUGGUGACCCAGACCCCCGGAAAGAACUUUGAGGUCAUGUUUGGGGGUGGAAUGGGCAAGUUCUUGCCCAAGACUAUCAAGGAUAGUCACGGGAAAGCUGGAGAGCGGUCUGACGGGGUGAAUCUCCUGUCCCGUUGGCAAGGACUCCACGACAAAGGCGUGAUGGUCACUAACCGCAGGCAGCUGCUCAACCUAGACGUCUCGUCUGCUUCCAACAUAAUCGGUCUCUUCCAGUCAAAGUUGAUGAACUUCCACAUGGAUGCAGAUCCCACCUACCAACCUACGCUCUCUGAACUCACCGAAGUGGCCAUUAAGAAGCUGAGCCAAAACGAGGAAGGGUACUUUGUGUUUAUAGAAGGUGGUCUGAUUGACUAUGGCAACCACUACACCCAAGCGGGAUAUGCUCUGGAUGAGGCCCUGGAGUUCGAGAAGGCAAUUCAGUUGGCCCGAGAAAUCACUAGUAUUGAAGAUACGCUGAUCGUGGUGACCGCUGACCACGGACAUGCCGUCAGUAUCGCGGGAUAUCCUGGCAGGGGAACGCCCAUCCUGGGAAUCAAUCAGGAUGACACGGACAUCAACGGAGUGAAAUAUUCGACGCUCAAUUACGCCGCGGGACCUAAUCAGUAUCUGGAUGAGACUGGUCAACGAACUCCCUUGGAUGGUAUCAUAGGCCCCGAUGACGCCAUCUUUCCCAGCUACAUAGCCAAGGAAAUAGGCGUGCACUCCGGUGAGGAUGUGGGCAUCUGGGCUUCCGGUCCUCAGAGUCAUCUCUUCACCGGAGUGAUGCAGCAGAGCACCAUCCCUCACCUGAUGGCCUAUGCGUCAUGCGUUGGCAGUGGAAAGAAGGUGUGCGAGAACUAACUGCAGAUAAUCCUGAGAAUGAAGGUUUUAAUAGCGAAGAUAAAGGAGAAAUUAAAUGAACUUCAGUCUAAGGACAUUAGCAGGAUAUUUAUAUAGUAAUAAUCAAGACUCUAUUUGCUUAUUUAAUAAAAAUAUAUAUUUA